UCACUCGCGGCCGCUUGUGGGGCGGUAGCCAGGUGACCCCGCGAUGCUGCUGAGCUGGAAACCCGGGCUGCCGCUGCCGCCGCAGCUGCUGCUGCUCCUGGGGACGCUCGGUCCCCUCUGCCCGGGCGCCCUGGCGGGACCCGCGCAGGCCGAGGACAUCGUGGAGCUGGACUUUUUCACUGAGCGUCCGGUACACCUGGUGAGCCCUGCCUUCCUGUCCUUCACCAUCGACGCCAACCUGGCCACGAACCCGCAGUUCCUCACCUUCCUGGGUUCUUCAAAGCUUCGCACUUUGGCCAGAGGCUUGUCUCCUGCAUACCUGAGAUUUGGUGGCUCCAAGACGGACUUCCUAAUUUUCGAUCCAAAGAAAGAACCAACCUUUGAAGAGAGAAGUUACUGGCAGUCUCAAGUCAAUCAGGAUAUUUGCAAAUCUGGAUCCAUCCCCUCUGAUGUGGAAAAGAGGUUACAGUUGGAAUGGCCCUUCCAGGAACAGCUGCUACUCAGAGAAGAGUAUCGGAAAAAGUUCAAGAACAGCACCUACUCAAGAAGUUCAGUGGAUAUGCUCUACAGUUUUGCAAAUUGCUCAGGACUGGACCUGAUCUUUGGCCUAAAUGCGUUAUUAAGAACCCCAGAUUUGCACUGGAACAAUUCUAAUGCGAAGUUGCUGCUGGGCUACUGUUCUUCCAAAAGUUAUAACAUUUCUUGGGAACUAGGCAAUGAACCUAACAGUUUUCUGAAGAAGUCUGGUAUUUACAUUGAUGGAUUCCAGUUAGGAGAAGAUUUUAUUGAGUUGCACAAACUUCUAGGAAAGUCCCGUUUCAAAAAUGCAAAACUCUAUGGCCCUGAUGUUGGUCAGCCUCGAGGAAAGACUGUCAAGAUGCUGACAAGUUUCCUGCAGGCUGGGGGAGGUGUGAUUGAUUCAGUUACAUGGCAUCACUACUAUUUGAAUGGACGAAUUGCUACCAAAGAAGAUUUUCUAAACCCUGAUGUACUGGACACUUUUAUUUUAUCUGCGCAAAAAAUUUUUCAGGUUGUUGAGGAGACCAGACCCCACAAGAAGGUUUGGUUAGGAGAAACAAGCUCAGCAUAUGGUGGGGGAGCGCCCUUGCUGUCCAACACCUUCGCAGCUGGCUUUAUGUGGCUGGAUAAAUUGGGCCUGUCAGCCAGAAUGGGCAUUGAAGUGGUGAUGAGGCAAGUGUUCUUUGGAGCUGGAAACUACCACUUAGUGGAUGGGAACUUCAAGCCUUUACCUGAUUAUUGGCUAUCUCUUCUGUUCAAGAAACUGGCGGGCACCAAAGUGUUAACGGCAAGCGUGAAAGCUGCAGACAGAAGCAAACUUCGAGUGUACCUUCAUUGCACCAACAUUAAUCACCCAAGGUAUAAAGAAGGAGAUUUAACUCUGUAUGCCUUAAAUCUACAUAAUGUCACCGUACGCUUACAGUUACCAUAUUAUUUAUUUGACAAACAAGUGGAUAAAUACCUCGUACAACCUUCAGGUCCUGAUGGAUUACUUUCCAAAUCUGUUCUACUCAAUGGUCAAAUUCUGAAGAUGGUAGAUGAUCACACCCUGCCAGCUCUUACGGAAAAACCUCUCCGCCCAGGAAGUUCACUGGGUUUGCCAGCUUUCUCAUAUGGGUUUUUUGUGAUAAGAAAUGCCAAAGUCGCUGCUUGUGUCUGAAAAAAAAAAGGCAUAACACUAGUCCUGAGACUGAAGUUUUCAAGCGUAUUGACAAGAAUACCAAAUGCAGAACUCAGGCUUCAGGAAGGAAGACACAUUACAAAUGAGCUUGUGGGAGCUUCGGAAACAUUGGGACAUUCUCAGUGCCAAAUUUAGUACAGUAUUUUGGUCUCUCUAAGUAGACUACUGCUCAUAAUAACAGUUAAUAAUCCCUUUUGUCAAUCACUAUGCUUAGCACUGUGCAUGCCCUAUUUUUAAGUUAUGUAUGAAUGCUCCCAGUAUGGCCAGGAGGCAAAUAAGUGAAGGCUAUAUUAUUAGACUUAAGAAAGUGCUUAGUUGUUUUUAUUUUUAAAAAGUUACUAGAAGGUUGUUGCAUUCUUUCCUGCAUAUGCUGUCUCUUUGGGAUCCCACUGGAAAAAGUUUAUUGCCAUACUCUUCAAAAUGGUUAUGAAAGUGGGACUAUCUCUUUGCACCUAAACAGAGAGCUGGAAUUGAGCUGCUGCUUCUCUUCUCUGUUCCGUUUGUCUUCGUCAGAAACAAUAUGUGAGAGGACAGAUGGUUAGAUGCAAUAGUAUAAAAAAUGAUUAAUGAAAAUUCAGAGGAAAGGGAUUAUGUAAACUUCAAAUGAAAUAAAAAAUGACUAUAAAUGAAAUGGGUUUACCAAUAGGAGACAUUUAGAAAACAUUCAAUGUAUUUUAACCAUCUAUCAAAAUUUACUUUAAACCUUCCUUUAGUUUUCAUUUUAGUUGGGAAGCAUUUGACUGUAAGUAACAGAAAACCCUAAUUUAAAAUGGCUUAAAUAGUAAGGAAAUUUAUAAUUCCACACAACGAGAAGCUCAAGUCAGGUUGGGCUCUGGUAGGUCAGUAUGCCACAAAAGACCCAAGUUCCUUGCAUCCCUCUGCUCCACCAUCUUUAGUGUUGGCUUACAUUCUCAGGCUGGUAGCAUGAUGGCAGCUAUAGCUGUUCCAAGGACCCAUUCACAUCUGGCAGCAGCCAGAGAAAGAUGGACAGUUUUUUCUGUGUCUCCUUCAUAGACUUGAAGAAUCCUUUUUCAGAGGCUUUCCCAUAUCUUCUCGUGUUUUACUGGUCAGGAAUGAGUUGCAUGGCCAUUCUUUCCUCCCUCCCCUCCUCACCCCGCCAUUACUGAGAUUCCUGUAAUUGUUUCAGAGUAAUCCUUUGGAGUACAGUGAAUGAUGUUGGGUCAUCUACAGCACUGACCACUGUAUUUCCAUGCUUUUUAUCAGUGAUAGAAUAUAUUAUUUUCUUCUUUAUCAUAAUUUUUUAGGAAAUCAUAAAUUUUUAGGAAACCCUGGUGGCGUAGUGGUUAAGUGCUACAGCUACUAAGUAAGAGGUCAGCAGUUCGAGUUCACCGGGGCUCCUUGGAAACUCUAUGGGGCAGUUCUACCCUGUCCUGUAGGGUCGCUAUGAGUCGGAGUCAACUCGACAGCAGUGUGUGGUGGGUUAUAAUUUUUAGAAAUAUAAUCCUCUCUUUAUAUUUAUGCUUGCUAUGAACAUUGCCUCAAUUAAAUUUCAGUAUAUUUAUAAGGAGCUAAAGCUGGAACUUAUAGUUUGGAUGCUUCAAUACCCUUAUAUUUUAUAUAUAAGUGGUUUUUAUAUUUUCACAUUUGAAAUAAAGUAAUUUUAUAAACUUGAUAUUGCAUGAUUACUCUUUUAAUAAAACUUAAACCUCCAGAUCCUGACACUUGGAAGCCUUGUUUUCCUUCACCUCUGUGCUUACACCUCCUAUGUUUGUUUGUUUGUUCUCCUCAACACCAAGAGUUGACCUAGAAGAAAAAAGAUCAGCCACCAACAUAAUUUACUUCAUCAUGUACAUUCAAUCAUGAUCGAAGUCUUAUCCUGUUUUUCUUUUUCCUGUCCCCUCUGCCACUUAAUAAAUUUGAGGCCUAAUUUCUCACUUCUAUUCUUAUAUUAAUCUCCUAAUUAUUCAUCCUGAAAUAUGUUGACUAUUUUUAAAAUGGCUCCCUAUUUCUUUUUUUUUUUAAUAUGCUAUUGUACUUUAGGUGAAAGUUUACACAGCAAAUUAGUUUUCAAUUCAACAGUUCAUACACAGAUUGUUCUGUGACAUUGGUUGCAAUCCCCACGAUGUGUCAGCACUCUCCCCAUUUCCACCCUGGCUUCCUGUUUCCAUCCCUUCAGCUUCCCUGCCUUCUCAACCUUGCUUUUUGGCAAAUGUUGCCCAUUUAGUCUUGUAUAGUUGAUUGUUCUCAGAAGCACAUUCCUCUCAAGUGUUAUUGCUUAUUUUAUAGGCCUAUCUAUUUUUUGGCUGAAAGGUGACCCCUGGGAGUGGCUUUAGUUCCAGAUUAAAAGGGUGCCUCGUGGGGAUAGUCUCAGGGAUUCCUCCAGUGUAUCAUUUCAGUAAGUCUGAUCUUUUUUAUGAAUUUGAGUUUUGUUCUACAUUUUUCUCCCAUUCUAACCAGGACCUUCUAUUGUGUCCCUGGUCAGAGCAGUCAGUAGUGGUAGCCAGGAAUCAUCUAAUUCUUCUGGUCUCAGGCUAGAGGAUGCUGUGGUUCGCGUGGGCCAUUAGUCUUUUGGACUAAUUGCUUCCUUGGGUCUUUGGUUUCCUUCACUCUCCUUUGCUCCAGACAGGAGGAGACCAACAGUUGUAUCUUAGAUGUCCCUGUUUUUUGUAGGCACAUGAUGUUUUCCAUAACCUGGCACUGCCCUAUUUCUUCAGCCUCCGAUCUUGUCACUGUCUUCAUAAGCUCUCUUCUCCAACCACAGAUCAACUGAGAAGUCUGAACACACAUGCUCUUCUACCUGUUGCUCCUGUAUGCCUCGUGCUGUUCCCUCUGCUCUGCCCAGACUAUCCUUCAAACUCUCCUCUCUAUGUGGCAAACUUUCAGAUCUAGCUCAAAUAUAAGGUGUUUCAUUUGUUUGUUUAUUUUGUUUUUUAUAUGAUUCUUUUUUGUUGUCAUUUUUUUAUUGUCGUAAAUAUACGUGUAACAAAACAUUUGCUAUUUCAACAUUCUUCACAUAUACAAUUCUGUAACAUUAAUUAUGUCUAUCAUAUUGUUCAGUCAUCACCAUUAUCUGUUUCCAAAAUUUUCCAUCACCUUUAACAGAAGCUCAGUGUUCCCUAAGCAAUGAGCCCUCUUUUCCCCCUUUCCACCUCCCUCCCCUGAUAACCACUAAUAAAUUUGGUUUCUAUACACUUGCCUAAUCUAGAUCUUUCAUGUAAGUGGAGUCAUAUGAUAUUUGUCCUUUUGUGUCUGUCUUAUUUCACUCUGCAUAGUAUUUUCAAGGUUAAUCCAUGUUUAGUAUAUGUCAGGACUUCAUUUCUCUUUAUGGCUCUUUAUUAUAUUUAUAUAUAUUAUAAAUAUACUAUAUAUAUUAUAUUAUACAUUUACACCACAUUUUGUUCAUUCAUCUGUUGAUGGAUGGACAUUUAGGUUGUUUCCACCCUUAGUUAUUGUGAAUAGUGCUUCAAUGAACAUCAGUCUACCUGUAUCUGUGUUCCUGCUUUCAAUUCUUUUGGGUCUAUACCUAGGAGUGGAAUUGCUGGAUCACUUAGUAAUUCUAUGUUUUAACUUUUUGGGGAACCACUAAACUAUUUUCUACAGCAGCUGUAUCAUUUCACAAUCCAAUAGCAAUGGACGAGGAUUUCAAUUUCUCCAUAUCCUUGCCAAUGCCCAGGUUUUCCGUUUUUUAAACCAUAGCCAUCUUAGCAGGUAUGAAGUGAUAUCUUAUUGUGCUUUUGAUUUGCAUAUUUUCCCCUAAUGUCUAAUGGUGUUGAGCAUCUUUUCAUAUGCUUGUUGGUCAUUUGCAUUUCUUCUUUAGUGAAAUGUUCAUGUAUUAGUUUUAAUAUGCCCCCCUAUAAUUCAAGCAAAUUUAGUCAUUUUUCUUUGUUCCCACAGCACUUUGUACAUUUACUGUGGCACUUAUCAUGCACUUUAUUACAUACAUAAUAAAUCUCACUUGACUCUAAGCUUAUAAGAAGGAGAUGCUGUAUCUCAUACAUUUUUUAAUGCCUUGUGCGUAGCAUGUUGUCUGGCACACAGUAGCCACACAGGUAUUUCCUUAAGGACAUAAAAGAGCAUUCAAAUUUCAAACCAGUUUAAGUAUUUUGAUUCUGAAUAUAUAGAAAAUUUAAUGAGCAUUCAGACCAGGGCUUGGAAGCAGUUUGUUCUGGUUCAAACCCCUGCUAAGAAUUUGCAUUUCCACCCCAGAUAUACUGAAUCAGAAUCUACAGUUUAACAAGAUCCCCAGGUGAUUCUUAUGUAUAAUAAAAUUUGAGAACCAUUGCUCUAUUAGUGGCCUCUAACCAGCAGUAUUAGCAUUGCCUGGGAACUUGUUAGAAAUGAAAUUCUCAGCAGGGGUUUGAACUGGAACAAACCGGUUCAAAGCUCUGAUUCAAACUUGAAAAAAUAUUGUCUACUACUUUUCAAAAUCUUUAAAAAUAUCAUUAGUGGUUGAAAUGGCAAAUAUUUUUAUGUUUUUCACCAUAAUAACAAAAUAAAAAAAAUUCCUUUCUUCCUCAGAAACUGUUUACCAGUUUUAGUACUGUAUUUGCACUGACUUGUUAAGGACCACAUUAACCUCUCUCUAUGCUUCAAUUUUUUUCCAGCAAUAAAAUGGAAGUUUUAAUCUAAGGUAGAAAGACCAAAAAUAAAUAAAUAUACAUAAAAAAACAAAGCCAUUGCCAGCGAGUUGAUUCUGACUCAGAGCAACUCUAUAGGACAGAGUAGAACUGCCCCACAGGGUUUUCAAGGAACAGCCAAGCUCCUAACCACUACACCACCAGGGCUCUGGAAAUAUAAAUAUAGGCAUAUUAAAAAAAAAGAAAAAAAACUAAAACUAAACUUGUUGCCUUUGAGUCGAUUCCAACUCAUAGCGAGCCGACAUAGGACAGAGCAGAACUGCCCCAUAGAGUUUCCAAGGAGCAGCUGGUAGAUUCCAACUGCUGACCUUUUGGUUAGCAGCUGAAGCUCUUAAGCACUGUGCCACCAGGGUGGAUUUGAGCUGCUGACCUUUUGGUUGGCAGCCAAGCUCUGAAGCACUGUGCCCCCAGGGCCCUGCGGUAUGGGUAUAAAAAAAAAUAAAAUUUGUUGCUGUCGAGUGGGUUCCAACUCACGGCAACGCCAUGCGUUAGCAGAACGGCUCCAUCGGGUUUUCUUAGCUGUACUCUUUACAGAAGCAGAUCACCAGGACUUCCCUCCAUGGCAUCACUGACUGGGUUUGAACUGCCAACUUGAGAUCUGUAGUCGAGUGCCAAGCACAAACCAUUUGUACCACCCGUAUAUAAUGAUAUAGUAUGUGUCAUUAGUUUUAUAUCUACAUGUAUCUCAUUAGUAAGCUUUUGCUAAUGAGAGGCGGUUAUAUGCAGAAAGGAAGGCUUUCAGUUAUGGAUUAAAAUUAAAUGUAUUAAUAUUAAGUUUUUCUUAAACUUCCUUAGAGUAAGCUGUUAAUCAAAUACAUUUAUUUUCUGUAACUCAUUACAUUAGCUCAAAAUUAUUUGUCAUUUAGUGUCUUUGGUCCUAGUGGUUCAAAGACAAAGAAAUGAGUGCAAUUACAGAACUGUAAGUCUUCAACAUAGAAGUUUACAAAAAAAAAAAAAACAAACCCA